CAAAAGUGUGAGAAUUGAGAAAGCUAUAACCCGCCCCAGGAGCUGGAGUUGAAUAUCCACAGGUGGAUCGCAUUUCUGACAUGUACUAGCAGAAAACACUGGAAAAUCCAAACAUGUGUAGAGACAAAAGGGUCUCGAUUUUCAUUGCCUACAUAGCCCUUCUCUGCUUGGCUUCAAACGCUACCUAUGCAUUUGAACCAGAAUUCGGGUCGACCCGCGUUGUCUUUCAGACAAAUUAUGGAGAUAUUGAAUUUGGUUUCUACCCUAGUGUUGCACCAAAGACAGUUGAGCACAUCUUCAAGCUAGUGCGCUUGGGAUGCUACAAUACCAAUCACUUCUUUCGGGUUGAUAAGGGUUUUGUUGCCCAAGUGGCUGAUGUUGUUGGGGGGAGGAGUGCACCUAUGAAUGAAGAACAAAGGGCAGAAGCUGAAAAAACUGUUGUCGGUGAACUUAGUGAAGUGAAACAUGUGAGAGGGAUCCUUUCAAUGGGAAGGUAUGAUGAUCCUGAUAGUGGUACGUCAUCAUUUUCAAUGCUCCUUGGAGAUGCACCUCACCUUGACGGCAAGUAUGCAAUAUUUGGCAAAGUCACAAAAGGAGAUGAAACAUUGAGAAAGCUUGAGCAAUUACCUACUAGACGUGAAGGGAUCUUUGUAAUGCCAACUGAACGCAUCACAAUUCAAUCAACAUAUUAUUAUGACACCAACAUGAAAACUUGUGAAGAAGAGAGGUCGUUGCUAAAAAGAAGACUUUCUGCAGCUGCUGUUGAAAUAGAAAGACAGAGGAUGAAAUGCUUUCCUUGAUCAUGUGGAAAAGACAGCAGUUCCAUUGACAUUCUUAUAAGAAUAUGCAUUCGAGAAGCUGGCAUUCAAAUUGAUAAUUUUGCAGAAGGAAAGGCACUACCUACAAGCUAACUCUUUUUUGCAUGAUUUAAUUUCUCCUGGAGUUUUAAAGGACAAUUAAGAAAGCAGAGGACUUAAGACUAACAAGGCUGCUGCUACAGGUGACAAGUCUGGUAUUACAGGUUGAUUGUGUGCCAAAAUUCAUGAAUUUAAGAUAUGACACAUUUGUUAGAAAUGUGUGUAUCUUAAUGACAUAUUUAAUCAUGUUUAAUGGAAUCUAAUUAUAUGUAAACUUUUUUGUUUGAGAUUUCAUUCUCCGUGAGAAACUGCCCCCAUUAGUUUAACUCCUCUGCUAAGCGCCAUAAGAGCCAAUAAUAGAAUUGUUCAUGGCC